AUGCCAGCCAUCCGAAGACUGGACAACAAGGAUCGCUAUUGUCACGAUCCACCAGACAAGGACGACAUCCUAGAUGUUAUAGAGGCGAUCCACAAAGGGGAAAAGACGGAAACCCUCUUGACAGAGGCGUUUAACGCCUGCGGUCCGGUCCUGAUGAUGGCGAUUCACAUCAUCGCCUUUAACUGCCUCCUACAUAAUCCGGAGGCACUCGAUGAACAGUCAGUCAAAAACAACGCCACAGACGCGUUGCGCAGAAACCCGACAAAGCAAAAUGUCAACCAGUACCUCAUCGAUUCCAUCCUCCAGAAACGGCGGAGUACCCAGAGAAGUGACAACAUAUGGGAGAGAUCCCUGUACAACACUGGCACAGAUACCCCACCUAAGCAGAGGGAACAGCCUCGACGCCGCCGCCUGGACACUCAGGACGACGACGACUCUACUCCCAACACAUCUGGCUCGUCCACCACACCCAGGAGACGUCUUUGCAGUCUACCCGACUUCGCAAGGCCCCCAACAACAUCUGGAAACAGCCCGACAGCCAAACGUGUAACGCAACACACCAGAAAACCCUCGUCAUUUAGCCCUGUCAGAGAACAUGAGGAAAAAGAGGAGCCCACGCAGUUAUACGCCCGCGCAUCCCCAGAGCGGAGAUCCCGCACAAUCCAAAGACGAAGGGCAGCAUCCCUUCUCCCGACAACGUUCCAGGACGAAGAGGACGAGCUAGAGCGACACCCUCGUCCGAAAAACAAGAGAAGCAACGGCUAA